CUAGCUUGAAAUUCCCCCCCGAAAUACAGCCUUAGCGACUUUGCGCUCGACUGGGGUGAAGAGGGUAGUCCUUGGUUGCCCUUGCUCGAUUCCCACGAAGCUGACUAUUACUACUGUUUCCCCCCAGUAGAACGCACUGUCAUUAUCGCUGCGUCUAACCUGAAAGUUGCCCCCAAAAUACAGCUAUAACGACUGCGCGUCAUCGAGGUGAAAAGAAGGCAGUCCUUGGUGGUUCUCCGUCGAUUCCGAAGAAGCUGAGUGUUGACCGGAUUAUCAUAUGCGUACCACUUCCAGAAGAGACCACCAUAGGUCUUGCUUAUCGUUGGGGCUUGAGAGCAUCAUGAUGACUGUUGUGACGACGGUCAUUAUCGUCUUGUCAGCCACAGCGGCUGAUGUGCUUGGACAGUUGCCUCCUGCCAAUUCUGCCGCUGGUCCUGCACCACCUCCUCUUCCCCCUCCCACUAUGUCGGACUCCAACCGUUCCCCCCCGGCCACCACUACUGGUGCUCUACUGGGGUCCGAUCUGCCGUGCUAUGUGGAACUCCUUCCAGCCUUAUGUCCUUCGAAAGCGGAGGCUACGAAACCCUGCGAUGAGAUGUGCCGGGAUGCUGUGCAGAGGGCUUUGGCUUGUCUGAAUGUGAGUCGGUCCGUAGCUGCAGACGACGCGCGGUCGUUCGGCGAUCAGUACUUCGCUCUCUGCCAAGAUGCGGCAGACAAACUGCCCGAUGCCACCGGAUAUAACUUCAGGGUACCUCCUUACCCCCCUCUGCCGGCCCCAGGAUCCUCGAACGGCAACGACACCCUCGCGAAGGGGUCCUUGAUGGGGGCUGAAGAUACAAGUGCGGCUGAGAACCCCUUGGGUAGCUGCUAUCGCCUCAGACACGCUUUCUCCUGCCAGCUCCUGAUGCUCGUUGUGAUCGGACUUGUAACCUGGUCCAGCCUGACGCCUACGGAUACCGUACGGCAACACCCCCUGGCUGGCAAAUGACAAGCGAAAUGAAAAGUUUAAACACAAGGACUGGUGGGAUAGCAAGGCAGCGAGGGGAGGGAGAAUGGAGGACGGAGGAGGUGAUAUAUCUUGUUGUACCGCUUUGCGAUCCGUACCGGCAGACUGACACAACUGGUACGAGGGCAAGCAGGGGGGAUGGAGAGAGGAGGAGGAGGAGGAGGAGGAGGCGGCAUGGCUUGUUUCCAAGCGGUCACUCUGGCACAUGAGAACAGUUCUCCUAGACAGGCACAUGAGAACAGUUCUCCUACACACAUGGGGGGAUAUGCAUCUACGGCUUGAUGAUCUCCUGCCUCACGACGAUCGGGUCAAACGCGUUGACCGAUUCCUUGAGGGACAACGCAGACUGAGUCGACAGCCUCGACUAAGCAUCGUUCGUUAUCCACGUGAGAUCACGAGGAACAGAAAAAUCAAUGCAUGCACGUAUGCAUGCAUACAUGCAUGUAGGUGUGCAGGCAUGCACCUGUGCACGGAUGCAUGCGCGCCUGCACGUGUGAACACAUGCACACAUGCACGUGUGAACAGAUGCCCACAUGCACACAUGCACGCAUGCAUGCAUUUAUGUACGUGUGCACCCAUGCAUAGCUGCAUGGAUUGAUCGUGAGUGAACGACCUCUCAUCUGUGUCUGAGGUGAGAGGAGGGACGAGGAUGGGUGGAUUUACGGAGGGAUGCAUUGAAUGCACGGAUGGAUGGAUAUAUGGCUGAGGGCCGCGCGGGAAGAAGACGCUUGAACCUCGGUGUGUCUCCGCGGAGGCACAGGACCACGCAGUGUCAAGGCUGAUGUACGGUAGUCAAACCUUGUCCGGAGGAAUCACACUUGGGUCGGAAGACCUAAACCCUGCUCCAGAGAAUGCAAGCUGGGUCCGGAGGACUCAAAACCCUGGUCCUGAGGAAUCAAACUUGGUAUAGAAAAUUCAACAUCCUGGUCCGGAGGUAUCAAACUUGGUCUGGAGAGUGCAAAACCCCUGGUCCGGAGGAAUCGAAGUUGGGCGGGAGGGUUCAAAACCUGGUGCGGAGGAAUCCAACUUCGUAUAUUCCCUCGGGACAUCAGCUAACAAAAGGGGAACGAUACACAAAAUGGAAGAUUAGCAUGGCCCCUGACCAAGGUUGACACACGCAUAAGUCGAGAAGAAAAAAAAAAACUUGGUACGGAUGGUCCAACAACAGUUACUUGGUCCGGAGUACUCGAGCUUGGUGCGGAAGAUUCAAAACUCUGGUCCGCAGGUUCGAAACCUGGUCGGGAGGAACGAAACUUGGUGCGAUGGAUUCAGAACCCUGGGUCGGGGGGGAAUCAAACUUCGGAGGAUUC